CGAGCGCGCGCACGUGAGACAUCUCAGGAAGGCGGAAGUCGUGCUGCCCAUGAGGGACCAUCUCCUUAACCCCCUCCUAGUUGGUCCCUGGGAUGGCUGAAGAAAAAAGACCACGAAUCCCUCGUUAGGUCACUGGUCGGGAAGGGUCUGCACCAGGAGUGGGGCGCCAGCUUCUCAAUUUUCUCACCCCUCCUCCCACCCCACGGAUCGAUCUCUGUCUUGUCUUCCCUUAUCCUUUCCUCCCCUACUGCCCAUCAUCAAAUAAUGACCCAGAGCUUUGCAAAGUUACCCUUGCCCCGUGAGGUUGCUGGAGUAUUGUCCCAAAGAGAGUAGGGAGAGUGUCAUGCGCUUCCGGAUGCCUGGAUGGAAGGGAUCGCCGGGGAAGAUGGACAGCUGCAUGAAGGAAAACCGACCCUGGGAGGAUAUGGGACUUAAGUUAUCCAGAAAGGAUGCCUGCAAGAUGCCAGUAUGGACAGAAUAGCUUAUGAUGCUUAUCCCCACCCAUCACUUUCGAGACAUUGAGCGGAAACCAGAAUACCUCCAGCCAGAGAAGUGUGCCCCACCUCCCUUCCCUGGUCCUGCGGGAACCAUGUGGUUUAUCCGUGAUGGCUGUGGCAUCGCCUGUGCCAUUGUCACCUGGUUUCUGGUCCUCUAUGCGGAAUUUGUAGUCCUCUUUGUCAUGCUGAUUCCAUCCCGAGACUACGUAUACAGCAUCAUCAACGGAAUUGUGUUCAACCUGCUGGCCUUCUUGGCCCUGGCCUCCCACUGCCGUGCCAUGCUGACGGACCCCGGGGCAGUGCCCAAAGGAAAUGCCACUAAAGAGUUCAUCGAGAGCCUUCAGCUGAAGCCUGGGCAGGUGGUGUACAAGUGUCCCAAGUGCUGCAGCAUCAAGCCCGACCGGGCACACCACUGCAGUGUUUGUAAGCGGUGCAUUCGCAAGAUGGACCACCACUGUCCUUGGGUCAACAACUGUGUCGGCGAGAACAACCAGAAGUACUUUGUUCUAUUCACAAUGUACAUAGCUCUCAUUUCCUUGCACGCCCUCAUCAUGGUGGGAUUCCACUUCCUGCAUUGCUUUGAAGAAGACUGGACAAAGUGCAGCUCCUUCUCGCCACCCACCACUGUCAUCCUGCUCAUCCUGCUGUGCUUUGAGGCCCUGCUCUUCCUCAUUUUCACAUCAGUGAUGUUUGGGACCCAGGUGCACUCCAUCUGCACAGAUGAGACGGGCAUUGAACGCCUCCAACGAACCAAACAGCCCAGGGAGCAGUCGGGCAACUGGAAGUCGGUCCAGGAGGCUUUUGGUGGGGACUUUUCCCUGAACUGGUUCAACCCUUUCACCAGACCUUGUCAGCCAGAGACACCCAUUGACAAGGGCUUGGUACGGCAAGUGUCAUCUCUGUCAGACAUGGACAACAACAUGGUAACAGCUGAGAGCCAAUUGGAAGAAACAAAAGACAGGGCCUCUGUGGAGGUGCUGGAUGAAUAGAGGUCAUGGAGAAUAAGACACCAACAGUGGCUGCUAGCCUGAUGGGUGUUACCAACUCUGUCACCCCACCCUUUUUUUCUUUUAGGAUUGGGGUGGGGGGAUAGGAAGGGCAAUAGAGGGUACAGGAGAGUAGGGACUUUCUCUGAGUUCCUCUUAGCAGCAUGUGCCAAAAGUGAUGGUCAUUAACAAUUCUCUAGGCCUGGAAGGGUGCCUAUUCUCUAUCCAGCAAGGGAAAUGGUGACCAGGAUAUCGGGGGUGGGAGAAUCCACUUCUGCUUCUUGAAGGCUCCCUUGGGAAAGCUGAGGAUCUCCCCAAGAGAAUACUCCUAACAUCAAGGAAGAACAGGCUGGAAAGCUAGAAAGACCCCAGCCACUUCCAGGAAAGGAGUUCUUUGGCUGACUGACUAGGAAUCAGAACAGAGGAGGGGCUGCUGAGCCUGCUUUCAGGGCUUGGGCUUGGUUGAAAGAGCACCCACAUGCAUGCAUGCAUCCAUAUGUAUGCAUGGAAAUGAUCCUGAGUUAUGAGAGUAUUGCCAUCCUAUAGAUACGAGACUCUUCCCUGAGACAACAGUGCAGCCAGCCUUUCUGUGGCCACAAGCCAUGCAUUCCCAGAAGAGCUAGGUGAAGACAUUGAACUCCUGGAAAAAGUCUAGUAAGACUUGGGGACAGAUGCAACCAGAAAUGGCCCCCUUUGCAUUUUAGAGCAACUCCCAAAGACGGUGCCUCACAGAAAACUGCAUUGCUAGACCUAGUGAGCCACGUCUUAUCCCCGACACUUAGAGCAGCCAGCCAAACUUACUUGAAAAUAACCUGGUCCACACCGUUCUGGCUACAGAGUGAAACCCUGUCUUAAAAACAACAAUAAAGAACUGCAUGGUGGCCAGGACAUACAGACUGCUAAACCAGGAAGAGCCCAGGCACUGCUCUCCCAGGAUGAGCUUGGACCUAGGCUGCUCACUGGAAGCCUCCUGCACUCCCCAGGCCAUUGCAGUGGUUGCCAAAGCAGCAGCUUCUGCAAUCUAACCAGUUAGAUAGUCUCAAGAAACACACCCAACUCCCCAACUCAAACCUUGAACCAUUCCCCAGUGUUGCUGACACUGACCUUGGCAGAGGAUUGUAUCACAUCUCUUCUAGCUCUAGGUAAAAGGACAUGAGUCCUGGGCUAAUAGAACCUGUGACCUCAGUGACAUGAAUCAAUCGAGGUUCUGUCUCAGGACCCUGAAAAAGGAAAGCUGUGGGGAGCCGUGUGGUAGUCUGACUCUUGGGCAGCAUCCUAGGGAGUGCCACAGAGUGCCAACAGGGUCAGGGUUAGCCGUUGUGGCCUACUCCACCCCACUGCAAGUGCACUUCCUCCAAGCAGGUCUGCUUUCACAGUUACUAGCAAUAACAUGAGGAGCCCAAGUUGGCCCUAAUCUUGGCACUGUGUGGAGAGAGCUGUCCUCUGACUGCAGGAGCCCCAACCCCAGUCAGACCUGGAUGGCCUAUGUGCUGGACCAUAACCAGAGAUUCCAUACCAGGGAGAAGGCAGGGCUAGUGACUGGGUCCCCAAGGAGCAGCAGUUAAAAGAAGGAAGGAGCUCUGGAGUCAGGAUUUGUUAAUUGAAUGUCCUUGCACACUGAGGCUAAAACUAGUCUUCCUUGGGGACAGCGUGUCCUGCAGCAGAGGUACCUCCCAGCCCACAGCCACCUGUUUCCAUCCCAGCCACUUGUUUCCAGAGUGCUUCUCCUGGAAAGGUUGAAGUAUGCAUUUUUGCUCUUACAGUUUUAGGUCUUCCACAGUCCUCAGCAAACCCAUUACCAUGUCAGGCCUCAGCCAUAUUUCAUCUGUGACCAGGAGGUACUGAACAGUCAGGAUCAUGUAGGUUGUAGUCUGUCCAGCCCUGGGCCUUGUGCCUUUACACCAGAACACAAUGGCCUUCUCUCCAUGGUGACUCCUGAGAUUCUAUUCAGCACUGCAGCUGAUAAGAGAAGGCCCAGUAUUUCUGGGCCAGAGGCUGCUUGCACACCUGCCUCUUGCUUUGAAUAAAAGUUCUUUGGUCUACCUCUGUGCUAGAGGUGCCUAUUUUUUUAGCAGGAGAUCCUAGCCCAAAGCCUUGGACAACAUCCUUCCUCUCAGGUCUGGUGUGUAAAACAAGUGUCACACAGACACUAAUAGUGAUUUCAUGGGGUUACUAACUGCUCCUUGGGCCCAGCAUAGACAGGUCAUCCCACAAGCAUGUACCAGACAUCUGCAUGCCACGGAGGUGGGCAUCUGAGCAAAAGGAGUCAGGACCUGGGGUUUUCUGGUUUCAGGUGAAUGAAGGGAAAGAUGACAAGUUUUGUGUUAACGUGACACAGCUAAAGGUAUUUGGGAAGAGGAGAUCUCAGUUGAGAAAAUGUCUCUGUAAAAUUGGCCUUUACACAAAUGCAUAGUGCAUUUUCUUGAUUGAUGUAGGAGGGCCAGGUCCACUGUGAGUUGUGCCACCCCUGGGCUGGUAGUCCUGGGUGGUAGAAGAAAACGUGAUGGGCAAGCUAUGAGGAGCAAGCCAGUAAGCAGCACUCCUCUGUGACCUCUGCAUUAGCCCAUGCCUCCAGGGUCCUGCCCUAACUUCCCUCAGAGAUGGACUGUUACUUGUAAGUUGAUGCAAUUAACUCUUUCCUCCCCAGGUUGCAGUGUUUUAUCACAGCAACAGAAACCCUAAGGCAAGAAUGGCCUUUGAAUACACAAAAUACCCCUAUUCAACCUGUACUCAGUAUCUCUGGAAUACAUACAUGUCCUUAGAAUUACAGCUCUUGAGAGAGGCUGAUCAUCAUGAAAAGGGCCCAGACCAAGGAGGCCAACCUGGAUCCAUGAAAUUCAGAGGCAAUGAGGUUAAAUUAAGCAGCAUGCUGGCAUAAAAGAAAAAUUAACUCGGGAGCACUUAGCCAUCUUAAAGUUGCCAGUUUAAUUAAAAGCAUAGUGGUAUGUGAGCAGAUCCCUUAUCAGCAGAGGAAAGCACAGACUCCAGAGAACAGGGCAGGACACAUUGCUUCUUCAGAUGUUGUCAUUGGGCAUAGACUCUUACUUAAAGAAAGGAUCUCUCUCCCAUGGCUCGUCCAGAGCAAGAGGGCUUCACGCCAGCGUGGGGCCUACUUCUGAGAGGACAGAGCCUUGGAAUGAGAGGGUGUAGUGCCUGGCCCAGGACCAGCUCCAGGAUGCUUUCUACAGGACUUCCAGCACAGCCUCCAGGUACCCCUGGACUUGAUAGAAUCCAGGGUCUAGAUGGAAGAUGCCUCCAGCACUUCUAUAUUGGGGCUCUGUAUAUGUUUCUGAAUUCAGAUGAGAGUGGCACUGUCUUCUGAGGCCACAAUUCCUAAAUAUGUAUUUGAGAUGUUUGCCUAUGACAUGUGCCCCGGUACCCUGGCACCCUGGAGCUACUGCCUGUAGUUACAUUGGCCUUUCAGCUCUGUCUUGCUGGGCUGGCUCUUGAAUCUGCCUUCACAUGAGUAAUCAAAUUUAAUCAUCCCUGACCUGAAAGCUAAAUGCAAUUUAGAAAAUGCUAACAUGCUUAGCCAAGGCUCAGAGCCAAUCAGGGCUCCUGCCUCCAUCUCCAUGGUAUCAAAUGAGCUACUUGGUGAUGAGAACGACCUUCUCGGCAUGAACCUCUUUCACUUGUCUGGAAAUAAACUUGACAAUGAAUUUCUGGGGUCCAGCUUUCACUGGGGUGCAUUCCAUUUGGAAAUCGAUGGCCUUUCCAGGUGGCACUGCCCUAGAAAAUUGAAAGGCACACAGUCAGCCAAAAGUGCCACAGAGAGAAAUUCGAAUUGCAUGAGGAACCAGGCAGGCAUCAGGUUCCAGUACAGAUCUUGGGAAAUCCCUGUGCUGCAGAGCCAGUGAAGCAGGCCUCCACCUGAAGUGUGGCCACCUGUCUCGGCUAUAAGACAAGAUGGCUGGCUGGAAUGGUUGCUUUCCAGCUAGGCCAGUCACAAACCCUCCUGAGAGCCCUCAGGAACAAGUUUUAUGAUGAAUCUACAAGAACACUUUCUUCUUGUCUAACCCUAGUAUUCAAGAUGGCAAUACAUGAGAGUGUAUUACGCUCUGAGGCUCUGCCCCAAUACUACU